CCCUCGUGUUCUUGAGACACACACAUUUUCGUGCUCUUCUUCUUUCUUGCAUUUUGUGAAUUCUUUUGCCUUCGCCAAUUUACACAGAGAGAGCUUCAAACUCUUCUUCACAAAUUCUUGUAUACAUCAAAAUGACAUUCAAACCCAACUAAAAUUAAUCACUGCAUCUGCACAAGCAGCACAACCCCAUCAGAAAUUCAUCCCCUAAAUUGUUACUUUUUUCUCUCUCCUCAUCCUUAGAUCUCACUGAUUUCUCUCUGAUCUCUCAAAAUUCAACUCUGAUCGCUGGUUUUCUGCUCACCAGAUUCGAUUAAGCUCUUUGAAAUUUGUUGGGUUUGUGUUUUUUCAGCAAUCAAAUCGAGGGUUCUUGGAGUUUUUCAACACUGGACCCAAUCAUGAAUCCCUUUUCAUCAGGAACCCGUUUGAGGGACAUGAUUCGUGCUAUACGUGCUUGUAAAACGGCAGCAGAAGAACGUGGAGUUGUUAGAAAAGAAUGUGCAGCUAUCCGCUCUGCCAUUAGCGAAAACGAUGCGGACUAUCGUCAUCGGAACAUGGCCAAGCUCAUGUUUAUUCACAUGCUCGGUUACCCUACACAUUUCGGGCAAAUGGAAUGCCUGAAGUUAAUUGCCUCUCCCGGAUUUCCAGAGAAAAGAAUAGGCUACCUGGGACUUAUGUUACUUCUUGAUGAAAGACAAGAAGUACUUAUGCUGGUCACAAAUUCCUUAAAACAAGAUCUGAACCACACAAACCAGUACAUUGUGGGACUUGCUCUUUGUGCUCUUGGGAACAUAUGUUCUGCUGAAAUGGCGCGUGACCUUGCACCAGAAGUAGAGAGAUUGCUUCAAUUUCGGGAUCCAAAUGUUCGCAAGAAAGCAGCACUCUGUUCAAUCCGGAUUAUAAAGAAAGUCCCUGACCUGGCGGAGAAUUUCAUAAAUCCUGCUGCUUCUUUGCUGAAAGAAAAGCAUCAUGGAGUCCUGAUAACCGGAGUGCAACUUUGUACGGAUUUAUGUAGAAUCAGCGAAGAUGCACUCGAGUACUUCAGAAAGAAAUGUACUGAUGCUGUGGUGAAAGUUCUAAAAGAUCUCGUGAACAGUCCAUAUGCUCCAGAAUAUGAUGUUGCUGGAAUUACAGAUCCUUUCCUCCAUAUCAGAUUACUGAGAUUUUUGCGUGUUUUGGGACAUGGUGAUGCUGAUGCCAGUGACAGCAUGAAUGACUUGCUUGCACAGGUGGCAACAAAAACCGAGUCCAACAAGAAUGCGGGGAAUGCUAUUCUUUAUGAGUGUGUUGAAACUAUCAUGAACAUUGAAGAUAACAGUGGUUUGCGUGUAUUAGCCAUUAACAUUCUUGGAAGAUUUUUAUCUAACAGGGACAAUAAUAUUAGAUAUGUUGCCUUAAAUAUGUUGACGAGGGCGAUAAAUUUUGAUGCUCAAGCAGUACAGAGGCAUCGAGCGACGAUCUUGGAGUGUGUGAAGGAUUCAGAUGCUUCAAUCAGGAAAAGGGCUCUUGAACUUGUGUAUCUUCUAGUGAAUGAGAGUAAUGUAAAGCCUUUGACAAAAGAGUUAAUUGAUUAUUUGGAAAUUAGUGACCUUGACUUUAAGGAGGAUCUUACAGCCAAAAUUUGCUCCAUUGUUGACAAGUUUUCACCAGAGAAGAUUUGGUACAUUGAUCAAAUGCUGAAGGUUCUUUGUGAGGCUGGCAAUUAUGUGAAGGAUGAAGUAUGGCAUGCCCUUAUUGUUGUCAUAAGUAAUGCUCCCAAUCUCCAUGGGUACACAGUCAGGUUCCUGUACAGAGCUCUUCAAGCAUCAACUGAACAGGAAACACUUGUCAAAGUGGCAGUUUGGUGCAUUGGAGAAUAUGGUGAUAUGUUGGUCAACAAUGUUGGGAUGCUAGACAUAGAAGACCCUAUAACAGUAACAGAAUCUGAUGCGGCAGAUGUAAUUGAGAUUGCUAUCAAAAGUCACAACUCGGAUGUUACCACUCGUGCUAUGUCUUUGGCUGCUCUAUUGAAGCUUUCCUCUCGAUUUCCUGGUUGUUCUCAGAGGGUUAAGGAUAUACUUGUGCAAUACAAAGGAAGCCUACUCCUUGAAUUGCAGCAGAGAGCUCUUGAAUUUAAUUCAAUUAUUGAAAAGCAUCAAAACAUCAGGUCUGCAUUGGUGGAAAGGAUGCCUGUUUUGGAUGAGGCAACAUACAGCGGGAGGAGGGCUGGCUCUUUGCCAGCAGCAGUUUCAAGUUCCAAUGUGACUUCUGUUAAUCUUCCAAACGGAGUUUCAAAACCUGCUGCCCCCCUUGUUGAUUUACUUGAUCUAAGCUCGGAUGAUGUUCCUGCACCUAGCUCUUCCGGCGGUGGUGAUUUUCUACAUGACCUCCUUGGUGUUGAUCUGGCACCAUCACCAUCACAGUCAGGUACUCAAAAGUCAGGAACAGAUGCCCUGUUGGAUCUUUUAUCAAUUGGGAGUCCCACUGCUAUGAAUAAUUCAUCAACUCCAGACAUUUUGUCCUUAAACCUAGAAAGCAAAAGUUCUGGAGGAUCGCUGGAUAGACUGUCAUCGAUUUCAUCCAUUCCUGCGCAAGUGUCUUCUCCCAGUGUAACUUCUCCUAUUGUGGAUUUAUUGGAUGGCUUGUCUGCCAGUCAGCCGACAAUAGAGGCCAAUGGUCAGCAAUUCCCUUCCAUGGUUGCAUUUGAGAGCAGCUCCCUAAAAAUGACGUUUGACUUUUCAAAAUCUGCUGGGAGCCCACAAGUGACAACAGUCACGGCUACUUUUGCUAAUUUGUCAGCCAAUAGUUAUACUGAUUUCUUAUUCCAGGCUGCAGUUCCCAAGUUUCUUCAACUGCACCUUGAUCCAGCUAGCAGUACUACCCUUCCUGCCAGUGGUAAUGGCUCCAUCAUUCAGACAAUGCGAAUUACAAACAGCCAGCAUGGGAAGAAACCCCUGGCAAUGCGCAUAAGAAUAGGAUACAAGGCAAAUGGGAAAGAUGUUUUGGAGGAAGGGCAAAUCAGUAACUUCCCACGUAAUUUGUGAGUUUCAAUGUUCAUCUGAGAUCUUCUAGUGAGGUGCAAAGGCUCAAAAGUUACUGAUUUAAGCAGAUUGACUCCUCAAGUCCUUAGUCUCUGCCUGUUAGGGCAAUCUUUUCUUCAAAUUCUUCUAGUGAAGACGUAUGUGGCUCGUAGCAAUUGGAAUUCGCUGGACAUGUUAGGUUCUCCAAGUGUUAUCAGUUUCGGGUUUGUUAAUUCCUCUUUUCUUUUCCUUUUCUUUUCUCCAUUUUACCUCUGGGUCCAUGUACAUUUACGGAGUAUAUUUUGGUUCAUAUAUGUAUCAAGAAUGUCGAAAAAUGAAUUUUGGGAAGUUGUCAAGGUGAUGAUGAGAUAUCUCUAUGUUGUGUUGAGGAACUGGGAGUUAUUCCAGCUGUUUUUGUCGAGUCUUGUGAACCUCAGAGCUCAGGGAAUAGUUGAGUUGAGUACGGGGCAGAGAUUUGCCAUACACAAUACUACUUGCAUAGCUUAUGCGAUUCUUUGAUUUGUAAUAUUAUUUUGUAGUAUUAUUAUUAUUAUUUUCUC